AUGAAUCCCACUAAGAAGAAAAAGCUCAAGCGAAGCCCAAUUUAUGAACUCAGCUUAUAUUCAAAGCCUGAAAUUGAUGAUGAAAGCCACUCAAAUGCAAUACUUCCAUGAUUUCAAUCAUUGACCCCAUCAAUGAAGAAGAAGGUGCUUUACGCUCAUAACCCCAACCUUGCAUCUUUCAUAAGGCAAAUGUUCAUCAAGAAGAUUUAUUCUGGCGAAAUGGAAUUCGGCCUAUUAAUAAAGGCAAACCAAGAAAAUCGCUUACCAGAUGAUGCUUUGGAUGAAAAUUUCUAUUGGCGUAAAAAAAAUCUCAAAGACAUCUCACCAGAUAACCAAAAUUUCAUUGCAGAAAAAUACAUUGAAAAAAUAAUCCGAUUAGCUGACACAGAAGAGAAUUGGGAUACAAUCGCCAUUGAUACUGAAGUUAAUGAUGAUUAUUCUAAUUUCUUAGAAUCUAUCCUUAAAAUUACAAAUGAAAAAGUAUUUAAGGCUCCUUGUCGAGUUUUGUGAGACCAACAGUUUAAAAAGUGAUACUGGGAAUAUCCAGCAUGAUUAGGACAAGACUCAAAAUUCAAGCCACUUUCUGCUUGGGCAAUUGCAGGGAUUGAAAGGGCACUCUGGUCAAAAUAUUGGCUGUAUAAUAAAAUUGAUCCAAGGAGGCAUGGAGAGAUUAUGCAUUAUCAAGUAGAAGAAAGCGAGUCAGGAGCAAUAGGCAAUGGACUUAGGCAGUUUUGGACUAGCCUUUCAGAUUUGCAGAGAUUCAAUAUUAUAGGAAGCAUUGAAGAAGUUACAAGGAUAUUUCAGCAAGAAAAGCAAGAAAGGUCUAAUUUGAACAAAAUUUCUUUUAAUGAUCUUAAGCAGCCAGCAGCUAGACCAAUGAUAUUUUAUGGUCAGCAUUUAGGUCCAGGAAAACAGCUCUCAUCAGAGAGAAUUCAGUUUUACCAAAUGAAUAAUCAAAGUGUAGAAUCAAUCUUUGAUGUUUUUCAAACCUCUCCUCCUGAAAAGCUUAUCGAUUUUUUAUCAUUAUCCCCUCUGGAUCGAGUAACAACAGCUUUUGACUAUGUGACUAGAAAAAUCCUGACAAAAAUCAGUGAAGCUUAUGCUGAGAGAAAAAUCGAAGACUUGCUCUCACUCCCCCAGCAAUAAGCAUUUUUUCUUAUUCGUGAGGAGUUUUGCAAAAAAUUUUAAAAUAGUAAAUUUAAUAUGAAUAGACCGAAGAUUGCUUUACUGUGGAGGAUAAAUGCUCAAAAUUUUAUUUUUCACUUUUACCUGAAAAGCCCAUUAAUACGCAAAUUCGAUCUAUUUUUAUUAAAAUUUACUAUCUUAAAAUUUUUAUAAAUUGCCACGAAUAAGCAAGAAAUUACUUAUUGCUGGAGGAGUCAGAUGAACUUUCCAAAAAAAAUCAAAAAAAUCAAGACAAAAAGAAAAAGAAGAAGAAAAAAAAGCCAAAAAUUCAAAAAGUUGAAGAAAAAAAUGAAACAGAACAAAAAGUUGAAGAAGAAGCUUUUGUUAAUGAGUUAAUGGGAAAUAUUAUGACUGGAGUUUAUAAGAAUUUAGAUGUAGAAGAGGAUAAAACUGUUGUUGAAACACAUGAAAAUGAUGAAAAUGGAGAUUUUACUACUGUAGAAGUACAAAAAAGGGCUCCAAAAACACCUGUCAAAAAUAAAAGAAAAAUAAGAAGCAAUAAAAGAAUCGACCCAAAAAAGCCAAGGGCAAACAAUCACAAUAAAGAUGCAAAAGGGAUAAAUAAAGAGCAAAAUAAAGUGCAAAUUCAAUGACAGACUGUGACAGCCAAUAUAAAAACUCAGCCACCACAUAUAUAUUAUGCUAAAUAAAUUAAAAAUAAUAAUUAAUAAAAAUUCACAAAUAACCUUAUAAAUUAAGUAUUUCAAGCUUAAUCCUGCACACUAUAGAUGAAUUUCCUCCUUUGUCCGUUCAAUCUCUUCAUGCAAGUGAUCCAAGCUAUUUUUUGCAUCACGAAAUCCUACAAUUUGGAAGUGAAAUGGUUAGAAAAGCAAGCUCCAGAUUCCCCGAAAUAAAAAUCACCAUUGAUAAAUUAGAAGAGCUCGUCAAAGUUUUACACCCAGGAGCUUAUAUAGAAAUAUAUGGAUCCCAUGCUAGUGGCUUAGCAUUAGGAAACGGCUGCAUUUCAUUUAAUCCAAACAUUUUGAUAUGUGGCAUUUUCUAGGAAUUUUGGUCAAAAUUUUGCUAGCCAGGUAUUUGUCCAGAAAAAACAAAUAAAUAUCGAUCAAAUGCCCGAUGAGGAAAAAAUUAAUCAUAUAUCCCUGAAAAAUGUCACACUAUAAAAAUGUUCUGAUAGAAAAAGUCCACCAUUAGAAAAACAGCGACCUCGAUAUCGCAAUUAUGAGGAGCGGCAUUGCAGACCGAGAGGGUAUGAGAGUGAUCUGCCAAGAAAUUGGCGGAUUCUUAGAGAAUUGCAAAUGGGUAAGGAGCUGCCAAGUAAUUGACUCAGCGACAGUUCCUGUAGUUAAGUUAGAAAUAGACUCAAAUAUUGAGCCUUUAAAAGUUGAUAUCACUAUAGAUGAUUCAGAUGACCUGAGACCAGGCCGACAUUUAGGUUUGAAAACUUUGGCACUUACUAAAGAAUUACUACAAAAAUAUAAAAAUUUGCAAUAUUUAGCACUCGUUUUAAAAAAUCUCCUGCAAGUCCACAAUUUAAAUUCAGCUUAUUUAGGAGGGUUAGGAUCAUAUGCGCUUUUGUUAUGAAUUGUAGCCAGAGUUAUUAGUUUGAAUGAGUAUCCAGAAAAUCUUGGAGAGCUUCUAAUAUAUUUUUUCAUGUAAAAUGCCUUUAAUUUAUCAUAUUUUUAAUGCAUUUUUCUAUUAAAAUUAAGCACUUAUACAGUAAAUCUUAACUCCUCCUAGCAAAAAAGCAUAAGUUUUCUGAAAUUUUAUGGUACUGAAUUUAAUCCCAAAACUAUGGGAAUUUAUAUAGACAACCCAAACCCAUUUUUUGAACUCCCACAUGACAAUUUUGAAGCUGUCGUUACAAGAGAUCCAGCUACAAACACAAAUGUCACAAGGACUUCUUACAAUAUUCAAGAAGUCCUCAAUCUUUUCUCCUGGGCACAUAAAAAAUUAAAAGAACUGCUAGACAAAGGCAAAACAAAAGAUCUUCUUAAUCAAAUAUAUAAUAAAUUCGAAAUAAUUAAAUAA